CUGCCGGUAAUGCGCAGCUGCUAUUGAACGUCCCCCCGCUCCUCAUUGUGCAGCCGAGUAAGCGUCGGAAGGUUCCGCCGACGUCGGUAUGAAAUGGCAGAAACUGCCCGUGUCACGGAAGCUCAACGAUUAGACUACGCUAAAAACACACAUGGAUUUCGCCGAGACCCCGGCCUGUUAGUUUAAGGGCCACAGGAGUGUGCCCGAAGAAGGAAUUCAGAGUUGUUGGCUUCCUCGACGGCCAGCGGACGGCGUCUGCGGACGGAAAGUGUUGUAAUUAUCCGGACAGGGGUGUUGAGCCUAAACCCCCCCACUUGGAUGCGCAUUCCCACAUUGUCCAAGGUUAAACCAUGAACCGGAAUAAGCGUGAAAAAGAGUACUACAGUAUAGAUGUGGGAGAUUCAACUUUUAUGGUUUUAAAGCGUUACCAGAACCUCAGACCCAUCGGAUCCGGAGCACAGGGAAUAGUCUGUUCAGCUUACGACCACAACUUGGAAAGGAACGUCGCCAUCAAGAAGCUGAGCCGACCCUUUCAGAAUCAAACUCAUGCGAAACGAGCCUAUAGAGAACUAGUGCUGAUGAAAUGUGUCAACCACAAGAAUAUAAUCGGCCUAUUACAUGUAUUCACACCUCAGAAGACACUGGAGGAGUUCCAAGAUGUAUAUCUAGUGAUGGAGUUGAUGGAUGCCAACCUCUGCCAGGUGAUUCAGAUGGAACUGGACCACGAGAGGCUGUCCUACUUACUUUACCAGAUGCUGUGUGGCAUCAAACACUUGCAUGCAGCUGGAAUCAUACAUAGGGAUCUAAAGCCAAGUAACAUAGUGGUCAAAUCUGACUGCACACUAAAGAUCCUGGACUUUGGCCUAGCCAGGACAGCUGCCACCGGCCUCCUGAUGACGCCCUACGUGGUCACCCGCUACUAUCGUGCCCCUGAAGUCAUCCUGGGCAUGGGCUACCAGGCUAACGUGGAUAUAUGGGCUGUGGGAUGCAUUAUGGCAGAAAUGGUACGCCACAAAAUCCUUUUUCCGGGAAGGGAUUAUAUUGAUCAAUGGAAUAAGGUCAUUGAACAGUUGGGGACGCCGUCUCAGGAAUUCUUGAUGAAACUCAACCAGUCAGUGAGGACCUACGUGGAGAAUCGCCCACGCUACGCAGGCUACAGCUUUGAGAAGCUCUUCCCGGAUGUUCUGUUUCCCGCAGAUUCCGAACACAACAAACUGAAAGCAAGUCAAGCCAGAGACCUGCUGUCAAAGAUGCUGGUUAUAGAUGCAUCCAAGCGAAUUUCGGUAGACGAAGCUCUCCAGCAUCCUUACAUCAACGUCUGGUAUGAUCCUACUGAAGUGGAGGCGGUAAGGAUGGAAGGAGUCUCUCUGCAUUAUUCAGAUGUGUUUUCAAUAUUAAUUUCACAGAUAUUUCUCUUUUCACAGCCGCCACCUGCUAUUACAGACAAGCAACUGGAUGAGCGAGAGCACACGGUGGACGAGUGGAAAGAGUUGAUCUACAAAGAAGUGUUGGACUGGGAGGAAAGGACAAAGAAUGGUGUCCUCAAAGGACAGCCAGCAUCCAUUGCACAGGUGCAGCAGUGAUCAGCGACGCCCUGCAGCAGCACCACCAGCACCCCACCCCCGCACGCUCCUCUCCCUGUGUCACCUCCACGGACCCGGAAACGGGCCAUGGGGCGCCGGGCCCCCGCAGAUAAUACCCACGCGGGCCACGCCCCUACCCGGACCUCACCUCCAUUCUGUAAAAGACUUUUUGAAGCCACUUCAAUGAUUUGGUCUGAGAAGGUAAGAAGGCAAGUUUUAAAAUGCUGUCCUGUAAACGUCAUGUGACUUUCUACCUAUGUUGAAUCCUUUCAUUGACAUGUUUAUGAGGACCAGAUGGACCUAAACAGGUGCAAGUGUUGCAUGUGUCGCUAGGGAGCGUUAAAAAGCUUUUAAGGACGUAAAGUGAGUUUUGGUUGUGGAUGAGAAAGUGAUAUCAUCCUGGUAUUAGUAACUUAACUCUGUGGCUUCAUGGCGCUCCCCAAAAACGGAACCACAGCCUUUUGGUUUUGAAGCCUGCAGUUUAAAAGAAGCCGCAUGUCAACUGAACAGCAGCACAAAAAUAAGAUUAAAUAGAAAAUAAUAUGCAAUAAUGUCCUUUUGAGUUUUUGUAAUCUAAGAGAAGAAGUGCCUGCUGUGCUGCAACACGUCUUUCAUGUUGCUUUUAAUAGACAGAUUUAAACAACCAACAACUGUGGCAUGGAGAACACUAGCUUUUUUUUUUUAAACUCAAGUUUGACCCUUAAGGGACACCAUCAGUGUCAGACAAGGCAAGUUCAUCCAGGUCUUUCAUCAAAGUGACCCUCAGAUAACUCACUAAAUCUACAUUUUUCUGCUGAAUACGACACUUGACGAUCACAAAUGAAUGACGGAGAAAGCUGACAUGUUUGUGUAGUCGGAUAAAAAUCAAGUCGAACAACACUGCAACAUAAAGUCUAUGGCAGUUUUUUGUAUUGGUAAUGAUGUUUUUUGUUUGUCUUCCUUCUGGGGUAAUUCAUUAUUUACUUGAAAAAAAAAACGUGUAUUCUUUUCAGUUUGCAGCAAACACGCUUUUAGUGUAAUUUUGUGUUCCGUCUUUGUAGAUUUAUUAUGUAAUUUAUGUCCGACAUCGUCAACAUGGCAACAACUACUGUAUUAUUAUUAUUAUUAUUGAUAUUUUAAGAACAAGCGUCUGCCUCACAAUACAAAGGUCCUGCAGUCUUGGGUUCAAUCCCAGGCUCGGGAUCUUUCUGUGUGGAGUUUGCAUGUUCUCCCCGUGAAUGCGUGGGUUCCCUCCGGGUACUCCGGCUUCCUCCCACUUCCAAAGACAUGCACCUGGGGAUAGGUUGAUUGGCAACACUAAAUUGGCCCUAGUGUGUGAAUGUGAGUGUGAAUGUUGUCUGUCUAUCUGUGUUUGCCCUGCGAUGAGGUGGCGACUUGUCCAGGGUGUACCCCGCCUUCCGCCCGAUUGUAGCUGAGAUAGGCGCCAGCGCCCCCCGUGACCCCGAAAGGGAAUAAGCGGUAGGAAAUGGAUGGAUGGAUGGAAUCUCACUUAGUUUGGGUUGCACCAGCCAACUUGUUAAUAUCGCUUUUCACUGUGAUAAGUCAUGUAAUCACUGUAGCCAAUGGCAACCACUCGUGUCAAAGCAGAAAUCAUUUCUAAAAUUGCAUCAGUCCAGAAAGAUUAGGACAAACAAACUGGUAUAAAAUUGGAGUUAAGCUAUAGUUAACAAAACAUAUUUUGCAACCAAAUACAUCCAAUUUAAGUUUAAAGUGUAAUUUGUUCAGACAUUUAACAGAUAAAGAGAAUACAUUUUUUUAAUGUACACACCGUAUUUUCCCAACUAUAAGCUGCCCCAGCAAAUUUUAGAAUAAAACCCAAAUUUUCCAUAUAUUAGCCACACCGGACUAUAAGCCACAUAUAUAUAUACCAGUACGCUGUGAAAUAAGCUAUUUAUAUAAAAAAAUGUUGUACACGUAACAUGGCAGUAAAACGGCUGAUCAAACAAAAUAAAGUCAUUGAUGUCUUUAUUUAUACUUUUAGAUUAAUAAGGUGUUAUCACUUUUUAAUAAUGUUUAAUAUGUUUGAGGUUUCUUCUUUCUUGUACUCUAAGAAACUGUUUAAGCUGAAAGGUUUUACAAAGUGGAUCAUUUCAGUACAUUUGUUUGAUUUCUUCGCUUAAUCAAUUCCAUAAUUUAGCAGUUAGCGUAGAAAAAUCCAUAAUUUAGCCGCACCUUUGCAUAAGCCGAAUUGUUCAAAAGUUGGGGGGAAAAGUAUCGGCCUUCCUGUCCAAAAAAUAUGGCAGUUUUUUUUUUUAAAUAAAGAAUAGCUUUUUACUGUUGUUCUUUAUUUUAUCUAGAUUUAUAUACAGAUCUCCAUAAAGAGCAACCAAUGCAAAGUCAAAAGCAACAUUUAAAACGAAAUUAAAAUACAAUUAAAAAAUGUUUCCCCUUUAUAAUUAAAACUUAAACAUUUUUGAGGAUGAAAAAGGGCACAAAAUGUAAAAAAACAAGAACACUCAAAUUAACUAACUAUUAUCAAAAAAAAAAAGAAUAUAGUUUAGUGACUUGUUUGUUUUUGGAAAGUAAAACAGCCAUUUAGAAGCCACUAAAUUGUUUAUUUUGAUGAAAAAAACAUUAAGUAGAAAUUAAUAUGAUUAUAUAAAUAUGAAUUGAUAUGAAAAUAUUACAUGUUUUUAGAUGACAAUAUUUUGAUUUAAAAUAUUUAUUUUCUGAUGAAAAUAGCCAAUGGAAAGCAUGAAUUUCCACAGGCAAAACAUGUAAACAAUGGAAAGGUAAUGUCAUAUAUUAGCAGGUUGUCACUUUUAUAAUCAUUGUAGUUUAAUUUAUUGUACGUUUCAGUAAGUUUGUGAGGUGCAACCCAACAUAAGGUAGAAUUGUGCACAUUUACACAUAAUCAUCAUAAUCAAUAUGCUGUAUUAGCAAAGUUUACUCAGUUUGGAUUUUUCAUGUGAAGCAAGGCAGCAAUCACACGUUUAUAUUAACUCAAAACAAUCAAUAACUUUGUUUUUAAGUGCUCUUAAUUUUCAACCGUUUAUAGCUUUUAAAAGAAAACAUCAUUGCUUCGUUAUCACGGACGAAUGAUGUCAUUGUUAAUUAAACCAGUCCGCUUUGAUGAACUACCUCACGUGAAUUUCUGCCACACGAUGAUGUCACCACGAGACAUGUGAAUAUCAGAUUGCAUUAUUUAUUUAUUUGACAAAAAGAGAAGAAAGGUGUUUCAGAUUUGUACAUAAUGUAAAGUUGACCUGGAAGUGAGAGAAGAAGAAGCCUUCUGUUUUUUGUUGUUUUCCAACUUGAAAUGUGCAAUACCUUCAGCAAAAUGUGCUUUCUUAGCGCCUCCUGGAGGUAAACCAAGUGUUGGUACUUACUGUCAAUCCUCUUUCCUUUUUCGUUCAUCAAUCAAUAAGAUCACGUUUUGUUCUCUUUGUCCUGAUAUUUCUGUGUAAUGUGUCAACUUGGCUGACAGAUUUCUAGGCUGUGGUAAGACCAAUAAUGUUAAUAAUAAUAAUAGUCCAUAUGAGUCAUAUCAUAUUGUAUGGUGCUGGUUUGUGCACUACUAGAAAACAUGAAGCCUCCUUACAGUAAAAUACAUGAGAACAAAUCAAACUGUGUACUACAAAUAAAAGAAUACACUUUGGAUUAAA